CUUCAAGACACUAUACAAACCCUCUCAGACUUCACUUUAGCCUACAGAUAUGUGGAAAGGUUGUAUUAUUGCCACUGUGGCUGCUGUAACAGCAGCCAUAAUUAUUGCUUUCUUCAUUUUCUCCAAAGCGGCAGUACCACCAGAGAUGAAACCUUGGGAAAAAUACAGACUACCGGCAACUUUGUCACCCCAAUAUUACAAUGUGACUCUUUGGCCUCGGCUUGAAAUGGACACCAACGGGUUGUACAUUUUUACUGGGCACUCUGGGGUUGCCUUUGUGUGUAUGAACAAAACAAGAUGGAUCCUUAUUCACUCCAACAAGCUGAACUACAUACUGACACCAGAUGGACACCAUGCGAUGCUGACGGGCAUGGCUGGUACAAAGGCCCCAGCCAUUAAGAAAACCUGGCUUCAAGUGGAAACUCAGUACCUGGUGGUUGAGCUCAGUGAGAAGCUGCAGGUUGGAAAGACAUACUGGCUCUUCACCGAGUUCCAGGGGGAGCUGACUGAUAGCCUUGGAGGAUUCUACAGAAGUGAAUACUAUGAGGAUGGAGUGAAAAGGGUUGUUGCCACUACUCAGAUGCAGCCCACUGAUGCCAGGAAAGCCUUCCCAUGCUUUGAUGAGCCAGCAAUGAAGGCUGUCUUUCACAUGACGCUCAUUCACGUACCUGGGACAAAGGCACUUGCUAAUGCCAUGGAAAUUGGCACAAAAUUGAUCACUCUGAACAAUCAAACGGUUUUACAGACCAAGUUUGAACCCACUAAAAAGAUGUCGACAUAUUUGUUGGCCUUCAUUGUCAGUGACUUUGAUUUCAUAAGGGCACCCCAACGGGAAAAGGUUUUGAUCAGAAUCUGGGCUCGAAGAAAAGCCAUUAACUCCGGACAAGGAGACUAUAGCUUGAACAUCACUGGCCUCCUCCUUGAUUUCUUUCAGUACUACUACAACACCAGUUACCCACUACAUAAAUCAGACCAAGUUGCGUUGCCUGACUUCAGUGCUGGGGCCAUGGAAAACUGGGGUCUUGUUACUUAUAGAGAAACAACCCUUUUGUAUGAUCCUGAAGUUUCCUCCAACGAAGACAAAGAAGAUGUGGUGAUUGUAAUUUCCCAUGAACUUGCACACAUGUGGUUCGGGAACCUUGUGACCAUGAAAUGGUGGAAUGAUGUGUGGUUAAAUGAAGGCUUUGCUACCUAUGUCUCAUACCUUGGGGCCAGUGAGGCUGAACCCACCUGGAGCAUUAAAGACCUGAUGGUACUGGAUGUGAUUCAGCCAGCACUUCUUGUCGAUAGCCAGGGAUCCUCUCACCCACUGUCCUGCUUGGAAGAUGCGAUCAACACACCCAAAGAAAUUUCUGCGUUGUUUAAUUCUAUCACCUACAAGAAGGGGGCUGCUGUGUUAAGAAUGCUCUCAGAAGUCUUAUCUGAGCCUGUCUUUGUCAAAGGACUUAUUGCCUAUUUGAAUCAGUUUGCAUAUGGCAACACUGUCUACACAGACCUAUGGGGGCAAAUUCAGGCUGUGGUAGACCUAAAUCCAGAGUUAAAUCUUCCAGCCACUAUUAAUGAGAUCAUGAACCGCUGGACUCUCCAAAUGGGUUUCCCAGUGGUCACUAUUGACACUCAAACAGGAAGAAUCACCCAAAAGCUUUUCUUGUUGGACCCAGACACACAGUUGGGCAGACCAUCUUCUUAUGAGUAUGAAUGGUUUGUGCCUAUCAAAUGGAUGAAGAAUGGUACUAACAUGGGUCAGUACUGGCUGCUUAAUGAAACAGAUACCCAUUUGUCUAUGAAAACAAAUAACAAAUGGGUGUUGGCCAACCUGAAUAUCUCAGGGUUCUACAGGGUUAACUACGACUCCCAAAACUGGCAGCGUCUUCUCUCACAAUUAACUACAGACCAUACGGCCAUACCUAUAAUCAACAGGGCUCAAAUUAUUGAUGAUGCUUUCAGCCUCUCCAGGGCAAAAAUAAUCAGCACAACUGUGGCUCUGAGCACCACCAAGUAUCUCUCUAAGGAAACAGAGUAUGUGCCAUGGGAGUCGGCCGUUAGGAACUUGAAUCAUUUCUCAGAUAUGCUUGAACAGACUGAAGUCUAUGAUGCAAUGCAGAACUAUUUACGGCAAAAAGUUCAGCCCCUGUUCACUUACUUCAAGAAAAUCACAUCAGACUGGACACAGAUUCCUUCAAGGCACACUGACCAAUACAACCAGAUUAAUGCAAUUUCACUUGGAUGCAAAACUGGGGUGGAAGGAUGCAUGAAUCUUACCAGCAUGUGGUACAACAAGUGGAUGGAGAAUCCGAGCAAAAACCUAAUUCACCCCAAUUUGAAGGCGACGGUGUACUGCUACGCCAUCAGCAUUGGAGGUGACGCAGAAUGGGAAUUCGGUUGGAAGAUGUACAAGAAUGCCACCAUUGCAGCAGAAGCAAAAAAACUAAUGUCUGCUUUGUCAUGCACCAGAAAGCCCUUGCUCCUGCAGAGGUACCUGAAAUACACAUUAGAUCCAAACAUGAUUAGGAAGCAGGAUGUUGCCUUCAUCAUGGCACAUGCUGCCAGCAGUGUAGUUGGACGGACCCAAGCCUGGAACUUCAUCAGAGCCAACUGGCAUCACUUUGUCAAAGACUAUGAUGGGUUCUACUCAUUUGGAUAUAUUAUGUUGCUUGUAACCAGGAGGUUCUCCACAGAAACUGAGCUGAACCAGCUGCAACAGUUCCGAGAUGAAAUUGCCUCUGCUGGUUUGGAGUCUACAGUUUGGACAGUGGACCAGCAGAUUGAGAGAACGAAAGCUAACAUGAAAUGGGUGGCUGAAAACAAAGAACAAAUUAAAAAGUGGCUAACAGAAGAAUCAGCCUAGGUAGUUGUGGAGGGGAGCGCCCCAGCCGCUACCCACAACCCCUUUCAUCUGCCCGAGGGUGAACAACAGCAUUGUGGUAGGAGUCUCCCAGUGACACGCCCAACCCAUGAUGGUCAAAGGCUAUCCAGUCACUUUCCACCCUCUGCUACCUUGCUCUUUGGGAAUUCUCUCAGGUGCAGUUUAGCAGGGACUAUUAUUUGCAUAGAUUAUCUAAUAUGUCUUUCAAAAUGAGAGGGAGAGAGGAAACCUACCACACAGCCCACACACUGUACUUUUUCCAAAGUAAUGAUUAUAGCAUAGAGCCCAUGCAUUUACAUUUUUGCUGAAAUGAAUUAAUGCUAUAAAAUGAUAAGGUUUUAUAUUCCUAAAUGUAGAUUUUGCAAUUUAUAUUCAUUUUAAGGGCCAUUUAAGAAUAAUACAUACUGCUGUACUUUUCCUAUUAAAUACU